UAUAACAUAUAACACACGCCAUAAUUAAUAAUGAUACGAUAUAGUUUAUUUCAAAGAGUAAAAUAUCGUUUUCCAGUUUCUAUAUAUUCAAAAUCCUCGCAUUAUUUUUGCAUAAAAGAACGGGUUAAUAAAAGUGGCUGAUCGACAAGACAAAUAUUAUUUUUCCUCUUAAGCUUAACAUAAUUAUUUUUGGGGCUUAUCUAUUUAUUUAUAUUAACCAAUCUUUAUUGGUUUGUUGCAAUAAAUGUCUGCAAAGCUUUGCUUAAUUUGAUACGGUGGAAAGAACAAUGAAGUCGCAAUUUAUUGAACAGGUGCAACUAUUAAUGGAAACUCAACACAUAAAGUACACCGAAUCGUUCUUCGGGAAGCCCAACAACUACAUGUGGCUUUGCACCAAGAAGCCCCACAUGGUAUACUGGAUGUCCACAAAAGACGAAAUUAAAAUAAGAAAUUGUUUAAACAAAAUUACCCAGGAGCAAGAAAUAAAAAUUUUAAAACAAGUAUUGAACUAUCUUGAUCGGAAUCCGGAAUCGAGUCCGCAUAAAGUGCCGGAGAUAACUCAGCAUUUUCUAAAUGAGGCUAUUACUACAAAUUUUUUGAAAAAGUCGACAGAAGAAGAGAGUCAACCUUUUUCCCGGUUGGCCAGUUUUAGAAACAGCCUUAGAAAACUCGGAAGUUUUGCAACACGAAGACAUUUGGGAGUCCCCGAGGACCAUACCAACCAAAGACGUUCCGUAACAUUCGCAGAUAUGCCUACGGUCUAUCGAAUUUCUGUAGGAAAAAAUUAAUUGCAUCACAUUAGUUAAUGUAUUUAUAAUAUGCCAAACAAAAAGGCUUUAUUUGCUUAAUGACGUUAAAGGCGAUAAACAAACCGGUGAUUGAACUAUAAAUUUUUAUUUUGUCUGCUAAAUAAAUGCAGAACAGGAUUAGUUUCUAAUUAAUAUAAAGAUAACGGGAGAGCAAAGCAAAUGAUGCCAUAUGUUGGGAGUAUUAAAUAAAAGGUUUAGCGAGCGUGCUUGCGGCUUUUUUAAUAGGAAUUCGAUAUGGUGUUCAAUAUAAUAGAAUUAUUGCCUUUGUAAUAUAAUUAUUAAAAUUAAAAAAAAAUCCUUAUUAAUUGUAACCUCUAUCUUUUAAACUGGAAUAAGUGACUCUGCAACAAGGUUAAGGUUUUACCUUUAAUUUUGGAUUCCGAUAAGGAAGUCCGAUAGGUUUAACUAUCAUCUGCUUGAGAAACUAUGGUCUCUAUUUGUAUAAA